AUGGAAAAGAAUCGGCACUAUGUUGUAGCUCUUGGGAUAGAGGGAAGUGCAAACAAGUGUGGAGUGGGCAUUAUUAGGAGCAACGGUGCCCAAUGUGAAAUUCUUGCAAAUAUUCGCAAAACCUUUAUAUCUCCUCCAGGAACUGGUUUUCUACCCAGAGAGACAGCUUGGCAUCAUCAAACUCAUGUAGUAAGUCUUGUAAGGCAUGCGCUGAAUGUCGCAAAGCUGGAGCCAAGUGAUAUUGAUAUUAUUUGCUUCACGAAGGGUCCUGGAAUGGGUGGUCCGCUUACUUCAUGUGCUGUAGCUGCAAGAACACUAUCACUACUCUGGAAAAAGCCUAUUGUUGGAGUUAAUCAUUGUGUUGGGCAUAUUGAGAUGGGCCGGGUAGUUACAGGUGCGCGAAACCCUGUAAUUCUGUAUGUAAGUGGUGGAAACACACAAGUUGUCGCGCGUUCGAUGAAUCGCUAUCGCAUCUUUGGAGAAACGAUCGAUAUCGCGGUUGGGAACAUGCUCGAUCGGUUUGCUCGUCUGCUCCGGCUCUCAAAUUCGCCCUCUCCCGGCUACAACAUCGAGCAGCUAGCCAAGAAAGGGUCUCGUUUGAUCGAAUUGCCCUACACGGUCAAAGGAAUGGAUGUCUCCUUCAGCGGACUUUCCACCUUUCUCGAUAAGUUUGUCAAGGAGCAGGGAGAGCGCGUCUCGGCCAGUGACUUGUGCUACUCGCUGCAAGAAGUGGCCUUCUCGAUGCUUGUGGAGAUCACGGAGCGGGCCGUUGCUCACACGCAAAGCGAUACGGUUCUAAUUGUGGGAGGGGUCGGAUGCAAUCAAAGACUCCAAGAUAUGAUGCAGGACAUGCUACGUGAUCGAGGAGGGAAGCUGUGUGCCAUGGAUCAGAGGUAUUGUAUCGAUAAUGGAGCCAUGAUUGCUCAAGCGGGAGUGCUGAGCUAUUUGUAUAAUGGAGAGACAAAGCUCGCUGACACGGUGUGUUCGCAGCGCUAUCGCACGGACGAGAUGGAAAUUCUGUGGCCAUGA